AGGGAAUGGAGAGGGAAAACAGAAUGAUGUGUGUGCUGUGAAUUCGGAGUUGGGUGGGUCUACCGUGUUUGGUGUUUCACAUUUCCACAGAAGUCACGGCCCGUGCGUCAAAGCGCUUUCAGUUCCACAAUGUUGAUGCUGGCUGGAAUCGUCGUGCUGCACAUAACCACCAUCAUCCUGCUGCUGGUGGCCACUAUUGAUAAUGCCUGGUGGGUCACUGACACGCUCUCCACUGACCUUUGGGGCCGGUGGGUGAUGACCAACUCUGUCUGGCACUACACCAAUCUGAAAAACUACCCAGAAGAGUAUCUUCAGACCAUCCAGGCCACAUCGGUGCUCGCCUGCAUCUUUGCUAUUCUGGCUUUGUUUGUGUUUGUCGCUCAGCUCUUCACUCUUCCCAAAGGCCAGAGGUUCACCUUCACUGGUAUUCUGCAGGCCAUCUCCUGCCUGUGCAUAAUGAUAGCAGCCUCGAUCUACACGGCUGAAUUUCACACCAACGAGACAGAGGGAAGCUACGGCCACUCCUACGUACUGGCCUGGAUCUCCUUUGUCUUCACCAUUCUCUUAGCCAUCACCUACUUUGUCUUACGGAAAAAGAGCGAGUGAAUAAAAGGAGGGGCUAAAAUUGAAUACUUUGGGAAAAUUUUUAUUUUUUUUUUGUUCAAAAUGUGUGUAAUGUAAUGUUGUCAAGUGUAUGAAUUGCCAUUUGCAGCUAUAAAGUAACAGUUAUUUAGAAGCAAAUUGAGCUGUAACCUACAUGAAGGGCUUACGUGACGCGGUUUAAAAGAGGAGAAUGAGAGAAAAAACAUUGCUGUGAUUAUAAAAAAUAAAAAAAAACAUUUGUGGCUGAAAUCAGGCCUAAACGAUGAAGUCAUCCAAACACGUGAACUAUGUGAUGUUGACUGUAACCAUGUAGUGGGCACAAAGGGUGUCCCCUGUGCGUCCAGUAAACACUGAGCAGUGUGUUGGCACAACUACAUUCAUGCAGUACUUGAACAACCAGGAGAAAAGCCGUUACUUUUAGCGAGUAGUAACUUGUUUUAUUCUUAUUAUUUUACUGAAGUCUAGUGUAUUCACGUGUCACAUGUAACCAUAAUAUUUGUUUUUAUACUGAGUGAUUUAACCAUGUCUUUUGUGUCUGUAUUGGCUGCUAUACAGUGUAUAUAAGCAAUAAUAGAUACAGUGAACUAACAGCAAACAGGGAGGACAAUGGUGGUGUGCCAAUUUACUGCUAUAGACAGUUUUGUGUUAUGGAGUUUAAGCCAUAUCAGCUAUAAAUUAAACAUGCAAUGAACAAAGCUUAUAUUUGUUCUACUUAACUAAUGCAAAUAAAUAAAUACAUUUCACAAAA